AUGCCGAAAGUGGUGAGAAUUCCGGCGAAUAGUCCUGUUGGAUCAACAGCGUUCCGUCCGUUGCUGUUACAGAGCAUCAUUUCACACUCAAUCGAUUAUCUCUAUGAUAUCGAUUCACCAUCGAACGCCUUUCGAAUCGAUAACAUUACAGGUGUUAUUACAACUAGCCGUUCUGUGGACGACAUCACUCAGGAGCUACUCACUAUCACAGCUAUUGAUCCAAUCACCGAACGAAGUACACGAGCCAAUCUGACGGUGUUGAUCAGUCCAUCGAAUGUUCGUAAAUUGGCGUUUGUUCAACACCAAUACACUGGCAACGCGAGAAAAUCCGACAUGAUCGGUAGUACGGUAGCCACUGUGGAAGCAAAGUCUAGUCACGGAGACGUGGUGUCAUACACUCUCGAAGGAAGCGACGCGGUUUUCUUUAGCAUUAAUAACCGAGGUGCGAUUAUGUUAAAGGGUUCGAUUGCUAGUGUUCAAGGUUCUGAGCUAGAUUUUGUAGCUCGAGCGAGUGACGGAACAUUAUCGAGGACGGUACCGGUUCGAAUCAUGCUCGAAGACCAAGUUAAUAUCUCCUUUGAGAAAGACUUCUACGAUGUGAAAGUGAUGGAAAAUGUGCCCAUCAAUGGAUAUAUACUAUAUCCAAAGCUACUGGGUGCCCGUAGUACUACUGGUGCUAAAUACCUCAUAGAGCCAGGCAAUGAAGCUACCGUGGUCCUCGAAUUGCUUCAAAUCGAUUCCGAUGGUUACGUCGGUACAUACGAGUUUCUCGUGCGAGCCAUACUUGACGGACAUGAUGCUACAACUAGAGUCCUAUUGCGUAUUCUGGCGGCAUUCACUUGUGUUCCACGUUUUCUGGACGACCGUAAUCUCGAGUUCACAAUCGCUGAAAAUAGCCCAGUUGACACGAAGAUUGGUACAGUUUCCGCUAUUGAACUUGACAGUAAAUGUGAACCGAAGUAUUUAUUAUGGGACACGAUCACACAUCAGUACACCAACGAAACGUCAACAGUUUCAAUCGACGUAAACAAUGGUGAAAUUCGCAGUAGAGUACAAUUCGAUUACGAAGAACAGGCAAUGCACCCAGCUAACGUUUCGACGUCUUCGUCUUCAUCAGAGGCGAUAAUCCCAGUAGAUGCUCCACAGUUGUUCGUCUUCUCCAUGUGCCAAGUACCUGAAGACGUUGCCAUAGGUACAGUAAUCGCAACAAUGCGAGCUGUAGACGUUGAUGAAUCACAGACAGUGUUCUACCGUUUGAAGCACCCAUCAAAAGAGUUCGCUAUGAAUUCGUCUACCGGCGAAGUUGUGGUAGUGUAUGGACUCGACAGAGAAACCGUCGAUUCAUACAGAAACGACAAUGGUCCACUAUUUGAACGAGGCCAUUACGAUGUGUUAGUUGCUAAGGGCACUUUGCCCGGUCAGAAAAUCGUCAAACUUAGUACGUACGAUCCAGACCAACCAGUGGCCGGCAACGAGCACGGUAAUCAGCAAAUGUUUAGUGACUUUACUGGAGGCGUAUUUCAUCUGCUUGUGGAAUCAAUGGACAAUCCUACCGCUGCCAAGGCACAAAAAGAUCACUGUAUUGUAAAUGUGCACAUACAUGAAGAAAGUGACAUUGUACGGUUAGAGUUACCAAUUCCACCGGCAGCCAUGGACUAUGAGAAAAUCAAUAACAUCAAAGGAACACUAGCAAACGCAACCGGUCUCAAGGUAAUAAUGAAAGACCUACAGUACCAUCAUGAAGAAGAGGAAGUCUUUUAUGACGUCACCGAUUUACGAUUGACGUCAAAAACCAAUUUUCGUCAGAUUUUCUUCUAUGCGUUCAAACUGGAUCGUAGUGCAGCAGAGAUGGCUCGAAACAUUGAUGAAAUUUGGUGUGAAGUUAGUGUUGGUGUAUCAACAGGGCGAAAGUGGUUCCGGAAAUUCCAAUCUGGCAAUUUCGAUCUCGAGGAUAAAGAGGGCUACAGGCGCUCCAAUGAAAUUGAGUUGAAGGCAGUAGUGAAAGCAAACACGCGAACAACCGUUCGAGACCUUUCAAAAAGGCUUAAUGUUUUUGUGAAUCGUAGCUCUUCCGAAAUUAUCCCAGCUGAACGGGCUAUAGCCAUCGCAGACAGGCAUCGCUCUACUAUGAGCAGCGAAAUGCCGAGCAUGACUCGAGCGCAGGUUUUUUCGACAUCGGUGACGCAUUUAUCGAUACCGCCUGUGGCUUACGUUCUUGGUGUUUUCGUUUUAUCACUAACUGUGGUGUUCAUUAUUUUCGCGUUUAUGACAUGCCACUACAGAAACAAAUUCAAGUUGCAAAAGAAAAUUCACGAAGGAGACAUCAUUAUCAAAAAUUCGCUGAACACACCGCCAUUGCGGCCGAUGAAGAUUUCGCCAAUGAUACCAAUCCAAAUGAUCGGUGCUUUCUUCCCGGCCAUUGACGACAGCUAUGCAGUUCAAGAGAGGAAAAUGGUCGUUGGCGCUGAUGAAAAUCAACAACCGCAUUGA